GGAAGUGUGCAAGAGCUCAGUACGGACGCAAUCGAUUGACGAUCACGCGCUGUUGAAUUGUUCGCGCGAGCGUGAUUCACUAUUGAAAAUGAACGCGGAUUAAAAAGGCGCGUUUGUUUUGCAACGAGACGAACACGGGCUGUGCGUGUCUUUCCCAUCGGAUGUGCAGCUGAAAGCUUGGGAAAACCGCAACACUGCUUCGUUGCAUAAAGUGGAAGCGUCGUAAGGUCGGACGGUUGCCAUUUACUCUUCGCCAAACUGUACCGUAACUGGACUGAGGGAAGUUCAAAUGGGCUUUUUUGCAUGAGACAACAUCACCGUAACGAGAGCUUGAAGGCGUGCUAACGGGCUACAUGGGACAUACUUUGAAUAAUUGAAUUGCGUCCUGCACGUAAACUCGGCGUAAACUGCAUAUCGAGAAUAAAAGCGCGCAGAUGGUCGACUGACGCGCGUUCAUGGAAAACGGACAUUUUUGCGUUUGGGAAGAUAAAAAGUGACAGUGUACCGUGCGCGUUUGCCCCUCUCGUCAUGCGGCGGUGGGGGAGGAUCGGAGCAGGGACCUUACAGCGGAUUUCAUGUUUCGCAACAAUGUUAAUGCCCCACACCGAGGGAUUAUAAGGCCUCGAAAUGACACAUUGUUUCCAAAUGGUUAAAGUGCACUAGAGAAGUUACAGCAUAGAGUUUAUUGUACUAGUGUGAGCGUUAUUGUGGAUCAGGAAGAUUAUUUUAAUUGAGCUUCUCUAAUGCAACUGCAUUCAAGUUAAUAUCGACAAUAAAAACAGUGGCACCAAAUUGGAAGUGUUAAAUGUAUAUCUAAAUAGGGGAAUGUAGUUAACAGUAACCUAACAGCCUGUUCAAUCUGCAUCACCGUUGCUAGAUUUAUCAGGGAAGUCUUUUCGCAAGCCGUCGUGUGUCUUAACGCAUCUUUAUGUCUGAAGUUAUCCUCUGGUCCGCUGCGCAAAUGGCGUCUUUCCCAGACUCCGACCUGCAAACAUGUCCGCUGUGCAAGGAGCUUUGCGGCUGCUCUGCUCCGAUCUCCUCCAACUCCUCUACCUCCUCCUCUUCCUCCCACACCUCCAGCUCGUCAUCUACCUCAUCCACCAGGAGACUGCACGUCCUGCCCUGUCUGCACGCCUUCUGCCGGCAAUGCCUGGAGGGUCACCGGAACCCCUGUGACCCUCUGAAGCUCAGAUGCCCCACAUGUGACCAAAAAGUAUCAUUAUCCGAAUCAGGCGUAGACGCCCUGCCCUCCUCCAACUUCCUCUUCAGCAACCUGCUGGAUGUGGUGGUUUCCACUGAAGAGCAAGGCAAGAACGGGCGGUCUUCUUCGGUGGUCCAUCACGGUGGUCUUCUGAGACCCCAGCACCUCUCGGAUCCUCAGUGCAGCUCUUGUGAUGAGGGUAACCCCGCUACCUCGCACUGCCUGGACUGCCAGGAGUACCUCUGUGAUAACUGCGUGCGGGCCCACCAGAGGGUUCGCCUCACCAAAGACCACUUCAUCGAGCGGCUGAUGGAGAGCUUGCACCUGGCCAACCGCAACUCCAACACCCCAGUGAACCUGUCUCAGUCCUUCCAUAACAGCUUCGCAAUGCUGAACGUUUUCCAGGAGAGGAUGGACUUCUGCCAGCAACAUGACAAUGCGGUGCUGCGUUUUUACUGCGACAGCUGCGCCGUGCCGAUCUGCAGGGAGUGCAGUGUGGGCAGACACGUGGGUCACAGUUUCACCUACCUGCAGGAAGCCCUGCAGGACUCCAGAGCUCUGACCAUCCAGCUGCUCGCAGACGCACAGCAGGGCAGACAGGCUGUGCAGCUGAGCAUCGAGAAAGCACAGGCCAUUGCUGAGCAGGUGGAGCUAAAGGCCAAGGUUGUGCAGUCAGAGGUGAAGACGAUCACUCUCCGACAUAAGAAAGCUCUAGAGGAACGCGAGUGUGAACUGCUCUGGAAGGUGGAAAAGAUCCGACAGGUGAAGGCUAAAUCACUUUACCUGCAGGUUGAGAAAUUACACCAGAAUCUCACCAAGUUGGAUAGCACAAUCGCCACAGUGACACAGGUCCUAGAAGAGGGUCGGAGCAUAGACAUCCUGCUAGCACGCGAGCACAUGUUAAAUCAAUUGCAGGAGCUCAAAUCCCUUCGCUGCAUCCUGCAGCCCCAGGAAGACGAUCGAAUCAUGUUCACUCCACCGGAUCAGGCUCUCCUGAUCGCCAUAAAGUCUAUGGGCCUCAUCAGCAGUGGAGCCUUCGGCACAGCUUCAAAAGCUCACGGCGAAGGCCUCAAAAGAGCGCUGCAGGGAAAGCUGGCUUCCUUUACCGUUGUCGGGUACGAUCACGACGGAGAGCCCCGCAUGUCUGGCGGUGACUGCGUGUCUGUUGUGCUCAUGAGUCCGGAUGGUAAUCUCUUCAGCGCCGAUGUUUCUGACCACCAAGAUGGAACGUACACAGUCAGCUAUCUUCCCAAGAGCGAAGGGGAGCAUUUGCUAUCGGUGCUCAUAUGUAAUCAACACAUCGAGGGAAGUCCCUUGAAGGUGAUGGUUAAGUCUGGUCGCAGUUAUGGAGGGGUUGGGUUGCCCAUGGCUACGUUUGGAGGAGAGGGGGAUGGGGAUGGGCAACUGUGUAGACCUUGGGGCAUCUGCGUGGAUAAGGAAGGCUAUGUGGUGGUGGCUGACAGAAGCAACAACCGAGUGCAGAUCUUCAAACCGUGCGGCACGUUCCACCACAAGUUUGGCACUUUGGGCUCUCGUCCCGGUCAGUUCGACCGGCCUGCGGGGGUCGCCUGUGACAGCCAGAGAAGAAUCAUUGUGGCGGAUAAGGACAAUCACCGCAUCCAGAUCUUCAACUUCGAUGGGCAGUUUCUUCUCAAAUUCGGCGAGAAGGGCACCAAAAACGGUCAGUUCAACUACCCGUGGGAUGUAGCCGUCAACUCCGAGGGAAAGAUCCUGGUUUCGGAUACGCGCAACCACCGCGUGCAACUCUUCGGGCCUGAUGGGACAUUCCUCAACAAAUACGGCUUUGAGGGUGCCCUCUGGAAACAUUUCGAUUCGCCACGUGGUGUGGCCUUCAAUCAGGAAGGCCAUCUCGUGGUGACGGAUUUCAACAAUCAUCGACUGCUCGUCAUCAGGCCCGACUGCCAGUCGGCACGCUUCCUCGGGUCCGAGGGAACAGGAGACGGUCAGUUUUUGCGACCACAAGGCGUAGCUGUGGACCAGGAAGAUCGCAUUAUCGUCGCUGACUCGCGCAACCAUCGCAUUCAGGUGUUUGAACCCAACGGCAACUUUUUAUGCAAGUUUGGGACUCACGGAAGCGGCUUCGGGCAGAUGGACCGCCCCUCGGGUAUAGCGGUUACCCCUGAUGGAAUGAUCGUUGCUGUGGACUUUGGGAAUAACCGAAUCCUCAUGUUCUGACCUUUAAGGUUCGAGACAGAACUGUAGAUGUAGACGAAUGGAAAAGAAGGGUUUGCACAUCUAUCAGGAGCAAAUGCAGUUUAUGAUAUUAAGGUGACUUAAGAUGAUACUGUCUUGCUUUGUACGAUUCUCACUGAUGGCCUACCACCAAAUGCUUGUUUGGUUUCGGCUGCUGCGCGCUGAAAGGGUUUUGCUCUUGGUAUGUGUCUUCAAAUCGUUCUUUUUCUUUUUUGUUUCUCAGGGAAUUUCUUGCAUUCUUGAAAUAUUUUCUCUUUGCAUUACACCUACCUCAUCUAGCUUAUGUAUGAAUGUACUUCCGUUUGUGCAGAGACCUAGUCCGUGAAGUUUUAUAAAAAAAAUGUCUACCUCAAUGUUGUUUUUUCACAGAAUGUGAGGACAGGACAAUUGAAAAAAAUGAAGCAAUGUUUGGUUAUUUGCACAGUUCGCACAAAAUUUACCUGAUUGUUACUGUGUAAAGAACGCAAGUGAAAUCCCUGAAUGUUUCUCAAAAAAGAGUGGCGUGUUUUGGCAGGAACAUUAGGAUGAGGUUUGAUAUAUCUACUGCUAUGUCCUUUGGAAUUCUCAUGUAUAUUUUAAAUCGGACAUUUAUCGUGUACCUCAUCUAAACCUCUUACCUCAUUUACCGUACUAUACCUCUGGGUCCGUGAGCCUCAUUACACUUUUACCUCACUUUACGGUCAUGUCCAUUUGAAUGUUAUGCAAUUGGAAGCGAUUACCAAAAAUGUAUGUUAUGGACGGAAAUUCAUUAGAAUGUAGCCAUUUCAAAGUUCCAUCGUGAUGUAAUCAAGUCGUUUGCUCUGGCAAAUGCAAAAAAAACAAAUACCCAUGAUUAUUUAAAAUGUGUUAUGAGGGAAAAAGUUUAAUGUUUAUAGAUGAUCUUGAGAUAUUUUUGGGGGGUGGGAUAUACAGACAGAAUGUAGACACUAAAUAUCAAAGUCUAUAAACGAGUAGGCCAUUAUCUUAGUGUUUGUUGUUUUUCCCAGAUGAUUUUGUUAAAGUAAAAACCGUAUAGGCACAUGACUGAAACAGUUGGGAAAACAAGGAUAUAAUCCAGUUUCACAAAGAUGUUUUUGAUUAUAUUAUUAUUAUUAUUAUUAUUACAUUUUAAUUGUAUUCUUUGAAGAUGUCUCAAAAUUGGACAUAUAUAUAUAUAUACACACACACACACAGGCUAAAGACAUUUACCCGAGCUUGUUUUGUUAGGGUCUCAUUACAAACAGCUGCAUUAGAACACAAUUUGGUUUGUUGUUCUAUUGAUUUAAAUGGACACAGGAAGUAUUGCAGGCCGUAAAAAAGGAUCUCCAAGGAGACCAUUCAGUGUCAGUGUAACAUCAUUUGAAAACACUUAGAAUCAAUUGAGCCCGGUUAAGAAUUGGAUAGUUUGUGCCUGACUUGCAAGUAAACGUUUGAAAGUGUUUGUUCUGUGCUCAAUUGAUUAAAGGGAAAUUGAAAGCAAAGCAUUGGGGGAAGGAAAAUGAGAAUUUAUAGCACUGAACAAAAGCACACACGUCCCUCCCGGUUUUUAGCCUGCCCGGUGUGAUAUUAUGGUACCGUUUGUGACCAAAAGGAUAGUCUUUUGUGAUAUGAAUUUUUGGAAGUGAGAAUUACUAGUUGUACCACCCCAAUGCCCUUGUGUUCAUACAUGUGAAGACCGCUCGCAUAAUGCAGUCCUAUUAAACAUAGACCUUUAUGUGCUCAUGUUUCGGUUUACACAGUUAGAUGACUGAACAUUCAAAUUCAGCAGGAACGUUGGAUGACCUGUUUGCAAGUAAUCUUAAUGUUUUGUCUUGGCCUUAUUACUAUUGGCUGCAGCUGUCCUGUGUCCACUCGGUCCAAUCAUUAGUAUUAAUGUGCUUGCUUGUAGUUAGCCGUGCCUUUUUGUGACGCUUCAAAUCUUAUUCCAAUAUCUUGCCAAAGGGUAAUUUAUAGGGAAUGGACGUGUGCCAAAAAAUUCUGAUAGUCACAGUAGCGUUUCGUUCUCAUUUAUUACGCAGAUCACUCUGUGAUUCUGCAAAUCUUUAUUCUUAAAUAUAUGACAUUGUUGUUAUAAUAAUAUUUUGGUUGUGGAUCAUGGGGUAAUUUAUGUUUGAUUUUAAAGAGAUGUGGUAAAUAUAUAGUUUGGUUUAUUAACGCAUUAUUAAAAUGAACAGGAAGACAUUCGAUGACAGAUGUUCCACACAGAGACAUCGACAAGACCAGCAAGGCCUGUAUUAAUAGAAAGCUUAUGCAAUAAAGAAUGAAAGAUGUGCUGCUUCCACCUAAACACAGAUCCGCUCUGUCUUAGAGUAUUACGAUCGCAUUUAAUCUAUUAUAAACGUUUGAAUGCAUAUUUUUGCAUGCUGAAAUGGUCAGGUGGAUGUAAAAUAUGGAUGUGGAGGGGAGGAGGUAAACGGACACUUUUAUGAUAUACCAAAAAAUGUUUUUUGGGUUAAUGGUUGACUAAGAUUGUACUCUUUAGCUUUACAGAAUAAGGUACCUCGUUGAGAUAGAUUCACAUGCCUUGCACAGCCGCAGCCCUUCUUAGCUUUAGCUUUUGGAAUCAGUACUGGAAAACUGCCAAAGACCUUCUUCAAAUUAAAUCGUGGUAGAAUGAUGCAUUUAUGAACAUCUUUUUCACGUUUGCCCAAAGAUGAAUAAAAUUGACAUAGAAGGUUCUUGCAUCUCAACACGCUGUUGAUGGCUUUAAAGAUCGUUAAAUGCCUGAAGAGGAUGUUCUUAUGUGUGUGCGAUUAAAGUUUAUGAGCAGAUUGUUUACCACAAAUCUCAGUCUAUGUGCUGGUAGUGUUAGAUUUGGUGAAGGAAUCGAUCGUUUUACGCGUUGUGGUUCUUCUCGGGCGUCGGGAUCUAGGGAUCUAGUAUAGGUGAAAGCCACUCGAGCAGUGAUUUUUUUUUUCCGACAGAAAUCAGAACAUUACAGAAGUGAAGCUUUUUAAGAACUGAUAUGUCAUCCAGAUAAUGUUGCUGUCUGUAAAAUAGAUUUCGCUCCGUUUAAUAGAAAGACGCUGUUAUCAAACUCAGUUUGUGUUUUUGAAUUUAACAUUGUGUACUACUAUAUUGUUUAUUUUUUUCAUGUGUUUUUUUUGUUUUGGACCUCUGGUCACUAAUUGUACGGGUUUGUCACCAUUUCUGGUGUAUUCCAGCUUAUGACCUCUUCCUUACCGGGGAAAAAACAGAAAAUGUAACAGUUCAGAAUUGUAUGGUCAUAGACCCUUUUUAUGAUUGUAUUAUCUUAUGGGAAAAAAUGUGUAUACACACAUUAAAACAACUCAGGUAGCUUUGUAGAGAUUUGAUUAAAAUUCAAUAUUUGUUUUCCUACAGUUUGAUAGUGAAUCCUUUGUUAGAUUUUGUGUGUUAUGAUGGAAAGAAAAUGUUGUCGUUGAAUUCCACGGGAUCCUUUUCAACCACUUAACAGUUAACAGUCAGGGAGGGGGUGAACUCGUAACAUUUAUACCAGCAUGUCUCAACCUCAUGAUAUUCACACAGUCCUGACUCGAUUUUAAAGCUUUGACCUUGGAGGUAAAUAAAACAGCUUGCCGUUUUCCUCUUUAAUUGGAUUUGCGUCGUGUCAUACGGUGAAUGUGCUCAAAUGUAAUGGCUGCUACACAAUUCAUUGCCUUGAGAUGAAUCAGAAAUGCCUUUAAAGCUCAAGAAAUUGGUUUUCAAGAGCUUUCCGAGGCCGGUUGUUUAUUUUGUAAAUGUAAUUGAGGCGACAAACGUUUAGACCCGGUGUCCCUGGCACUGAAAUUUAAUAUACAUCGAUAUUUUUAAUCUCUUAGUCACAGUGCUUGGCUGUGAGACAGGCAAAGCAAAGAGAUGUGGCGAGAAUUCACCCCGAAGAACAGACCUGGCAUCAGUGUUAACUUUUAAAAUAUAACGAUUAAAGCUGGAUCAAAGUAACAACUCUGAUGCCGGGUCGGUUGGGGUGGAUGAUGGCUUGGGUGCCCCUCCAAGAGGCCUGCGACUCUCUCCAUCUCUCUUUGACUUUAAUAUCAGCACUCACCAGCCCUCCAUCUGUCACCCCCUCAACCAAAGCAACAGAACCAUCAUGUUUUAUUUUGAGAAUAAGGCUGAUGAGACUGUCGAAAAUACUUAGUGGUCUGCAGUCUUGUUCUCUCGUCUUUUGUGGACUUUAAACAUUUUCUAUGCAGGUUUUUUAUGUUUUGAUGUUUACAAAUAAAUAAAGUUGUACCUCUUUGGA